AUGGAAGAAUGCCAUUCACCCUUGCAACUGGCGGCCAGGACAACGUCUUCUCAGCCUGGAGCAGACUCAACGAGCGACACAUGCUAUCAGUCUCUUGAUUAUCCAGACACAGCAGUCUCUUCGGCUUCCUCGCCGCCUCCAAUCUACGGCGAAUCAAUGGAUAUGUCCUGUUCCUCGACACCAUUUAGGGAUAUUUCCGCCCCAUCCGAUUAUAAUGACGGAAUUCAUCUGGUCAAGCCGUCAGCAGAGCACGCAUGGUUACCCCAAUUUCAGAAAGACGGUGUCUUUGUAGCACCGGACGAUAGCCUGGAACGCCGGCCGGAUCUCAAGGCGGACGACUCGUAUUACGCCUCGUGUGUUGACAAUGAUAAUCCGGCUGAUACGUCAACACGGCGUUCUCCAGAAUUAGGAAAGUCCCACAAGCGCGCUGAAGUUGACACUACUAUUAACGCCCAGACGUGGAGGAAUGUCGACUACCUUUCCCAUGACUGGAAGGAGGAAGAAAUCCUGUCAUCAUGGAAAUACAUUACCACUCGCCGAGGCGAGGACCCCAAUAGGGCCCGUUUGAAGAAUGCAUGCUGGAGAACAUGGACAAAAUACAAAAACAACCUGAAGACUAUGCCUCCCGAAACUCUCAACUGGCUGAAAGAUAGUGAUACGAGUUGGCUAUAUGGGCCCGUUCAACAAGGUGCUAGCAAGAUCUACUGUAUGCAGACUGGACCUUCCAGUGCCUCAUUGCUCCAGCCCAACUCACUAGUCAACACUAACAGGAAGACUAUCUUGAAGAAAAGGAGCAUAUCAGAUAUCAUACUGCAGAGGCCAUUGUCAACAUCAUCCUUACCCGAGAAGCCAGCCCCAGUGGCCCAGGUGAGGCAGAAAGACAGCCGGCGACUAAGAGAGCUUUCCUUUGAUAGUUUAGAGACGAUGGAUUAUAAUAUAUUCCCCUUCCCUUCAAUGCUAAUGAGCCGUGAUACCUCUAGUAUGCUGCCAUUGUCAGCAUACACUGGGAUCUCAUCUUCAGGUGUUGAGCGCAAACACAUCCACUUCAAUUAUAAAGUCGAGCAAUUUAUCGCCGUCGAAGUUAAAGACGACGACGAUGGCGACGACUGCGAUAUCAGUACCGAUACCAAUUCCGAAGACGGAAUCAUAAUGAAGCUGGACAGGUCGGGAAAGACGGCGAAGGAGGGCAAUUCAUUACUCUAA